CCUCCGCGUCUUUCUGCUUCGCACCCCACACCGGAAGGAGAGCACAUAUCCUAACUGUGCGUAUAGUGGUCCCGACGUGCUUUUUUUUCGCGUGUGAUUACUCUGGAGCCUCUGUGGAAGAGCGCUUCUUGCAACGCAUGUGUCAUGUGUUUUGUGUGCGCGACAGUGAGCAGGUGACCCAACUCGUGUAUCGACGAGCACAAAAGUGGAUUACCCGGCAGCACAUACGGAUUAACCGCUAGAAACCAAAAAGUGGAAUUAUGUUGUGAGAUCUAUUAUGUUCAACUAUGCAUGCUGCAAGUACGUGGUGACGCGUGUGACUCUCUACCAUAGUGCUCUAGUGGAUCUUUCUCGAAGUCGUUCGGUUCACGCGGUGGAACAUCAGCCUUGUUGCCCAGACCCUCUGCUUUUCUCAGCCGUCGACUGCAAGGCGGUGCAUUACGGAUGGUGUUCGCCGUUGCUUAAACUUCCGUCAUUUGUUGUGGGCCAUUCGGCCCCGGCCGAGACUAUUGCGCCCCAGCGUGCACAGACAGCGCCACCUAAGGCGAAUUUAGACUUUAACGUCCUCGACCCGGUGGAACUUCUGGCUGCGGACAUUGAGGGAAAACUGGAAGCCCUGGUCAACUCCUUCGUCGCUCAGGACAAGGUCCGGUUGGCGGCGAGGAAGUCCAAGAGCAGUAUUUCAUCAACGACCCCGACCUCGGGGGGCUCAGUAGUUACCGCCAAAACCUCAGCGUCUACUUCAUCCGCUCCGGCUUCUCCAAGUCAGUCGCCGGAUCAGAAACAGAAAGACGAUGCAACCAAGUCUGACGUCGCAAAGAGGACACCUGCUGUUAAAACCCAACCGAAAGAGGCCAAGCAGGAGGCAGAAAUUAAAACAAAACCCGGUAAACGGACUGAGGUAACCCCCGUGAGGUCUGCGGUAAAGGAAUCUGCUGGUUCAGGGAGUCUCAAAAAAGACUUGCAGACAACAGAAUCAAAAGUAGUAGCAGUCUCACGCAAGUCUCCGAGGACAACCAACUUUGGCAAGACACAGCAAGAGGACAUCUCUAAAGGUCAACGGUGUUCGAAACCCACAACUGUCGAGAAAGAAAAACACGUCGACGACAAUGCGACACCUUCCAGUACACCUAGCCCCACACCUGAAAAAGCAAGUCCUCCACCGCAGCGUACAAUCUUCAAGGUUUCUCCGCCCAACUUAAUAUCUCUAGUCACCGGAGCACCUCGGACGACAACACCGUCAACCUCAACAACAACCACUUUCAGUUCAACGUAUGUACCGACCGUGUCCACCGUCACAUCUUCAACUCCUUCCAGGUCCACCACAGUGUCUGUUAAGGUGAGAGAUAGUAAAAUCCAGAACGACUCAGAAAAACCUAGCGCGCUACCGUCUACUUACCCUGUUUGUGAGCCAAAAGUUACGUCGACUAGUCAAAGUGCCAUUACCCACCAAACAGACACACCCAGUGCACCUAGUACGUACGACAAUGAUACUGUGCCAAAGUCAUCAGUGUACGGCAGCGAGACUAACACAGCGAGACAACCGGCGUACGACAGAUACCCAACCACGUCUGCUGUGGACUACGGCAAAGCGCGUUUUCAGAACGCUCAGGAAACGACAAGGCUCGAGCAGCUGUUACGUCAGAAGCCGAGGAACGGCCACAUCGUUACGGAAGCCAAGUCCAGAUGGGAGUCUUUGGUGUCUCCGACGUCCACGGUAAAUCGUCCUGGACAGUUGUGGAUCAAUGGCUAUGGAUCUCCUCCAACAAAUGAACUCUUGGAUGUGGACUCCCUCCUUUCCACAUCUCCGAGGAGAUUGAACUCUCCAGAUCUGUAUCUGGACACCGUAUCUCCGUCUAUCCCUCAUCCCAAGCUGACAAGCUCUCAGAAGCAACAUAUAAGAGAAAGAUCGCUUUCACCGACGGAAAGAGGUCACGCUCAUGUUCCAGUGAAGCCGUUCCUCACCAAGGGUUCCGUUGCCGAACGGGUGUUGCUCUUCGAAAGAUGUCCAGAAAGAAGCCAGGAGAAGCCUGCAGUGUACAACACCUGGAAGCACUCGGUCAGUCUACAGAAUGAUCCCUCCAUAAGAAGAAACGAUCCACAGACAUCGUCGCUGAAGAGGGUGGUGCACUCUUCCACCAAGUCAACCACAUCCAUUCCCCGUUUCUAUUAUCCCCAAGGGAAGCCCCUGACUCCUGCUCAAGAGGACAGCCAAUUGAACAAAGUGGCAGCUGCCUUUGCAAGCUUGAAAGACGGCCGAGCGUACAGGACUCACUUCGGAUCCAUCGCAAAGGCAUGUGGUCUUCCCUUGUAUUGGAAGCUCCCUCUCUUUAUUGCUGCCGGAGGAGACGCCAAGGGAUUUGUUACCAAAGAUGCCUUCUUGGACUACUGGAAAAGGAUCAUUUCUCCUGGUCGAGAUGAACCAACGUGGUUCGUCAAAGUAUUUAGUAGAGGUUCCAGGAACUACGUUGUGCCCGAUGACUUGGUGCCCUUGAUGCAGGAUGUGAUUGAUACCCAUCCUGGCCUGUUGUUCCUCAAGGACGCCGUCGAGUUUCACUCCCGUUAUGUGAAUACUGUGAUUGCUAGGAUAUUUUAUUCUGUAAAUAGAUCGUGGAGUGGAAGAAUAACGGUUUCGGAACUGAGGAAAAGUAAUUUCCUUCAGGUGUUGUCACUGCUCGAAGAAGAAGAUGACAUCAACCAAAUAACGGAAUAUUUUUCCUACGAACAUUUCUAUGUGAUCUAUUGUAAGUUCUGGGAACUAGACAAAGACCAUGACCUCUACAUCGACAAGUUCGAUUUAUCCCGGCACAAUGAAGGAGCAAUCUCCUUGAGAAUUAUUGAGCGGAUCUUCUCCGGCGCCAUUUCGAGAGGUCCCAUACAGAAAGAAGGCAAGAUGAGCUACAACGAGUUUGUCUGUUUCCUCAUGUCGGAGGAAGAUAAAAGGCACCCAAGAAGCAUUGAAUACUGGUUUCGGUGCAUGGACCUUGAUGGUGACGGGUACUUGUCAAUGUACGAGCUUGAGUAUUUCUACGAGGAACAAUUACAACGCAUGGAAGCUCUCGGUAUCGAAACGCUGCCCUUCAAAGAUUGUUUGUGUCAGAUGCUGGACAUGAUACAACCAAAGGUGAGCGGUAAAAUAUCCUUGGCAGACCUGAAAAGAUGCAAGAUGACAGCCAUUUUCUACGACACCUUUUUCAAUUUGGAGAAGUAUCUGGACCACGAACAGCGAGAUCCAUUCGCGACACAACGCGAUCACGACGGUGAUGGGCUCGAAAUUUCUGACUGGGAUAAGUUUGCGGCUGAGGAAUACGAACUACUGGUUGCUGAAGAAGGAAAUCUCGAGGCACAGGACCUAAUGUUGAGCGACUACGAAGCAGACGAAGAUGAGCUCUCACCCAACCUGGACAGGCUCUCCGAUCCCUACCACCGCCGACCAGCUAGUCUCGACGAUGACGAGUACGACUAUGCAGAGACCGAUGCGGACUAUCAGUACUAAGAGCAUUGUGGCUGUGUAUGUAGAUACUGCGUAUGAAGACAUGUGCGCUUCAGUGUGAUGGAAGUACUUGAGUACUUCACCUUAAGUAUGUAUAUCAGGAUAGACCAUUCGUAGGUUACACCAAGUGCAAUACUGUGCCUUUUGCUAAGAUACCGAAAAAACAUUGUUUCGUGUUGCGUUUGA